AAACAGAUGGCAGAUAUAAAUUUUUACAACACCGGAAAAGUUAUUAGUCAUUUCCAUUGGAUUUACGGUUCCGUUUUCAAAUCCCCUCACACUAUUCGAAUCUUGCUUGAUUUACAGAUUCAUUUAUUUCCAUCACAGAACGUUUUAUUCUUACACUUUUGAAUUAUAUUCGCAUGCCAUUAUAUCCUUCUAAUACAACCGUAUAUCCAUAUUGUCCAAAUCACUGUUGCAUAGUAUUGUCGUAUUGUCACAAUUAGGUUUUCUUAAAAGAUGAACACUUAAUAUUAACAUCGCCUAUGUAAGUUGGAAAUUGUUUGUAACAUUGGUAUCAGCCAAAAAAUUUUACGGAUAACCAUGAAUUCCUAUUUUUUUUCGCGCGCUAUAUCCUUGUAUACCAUUGCUUUGGUUAUCUGGAAUUUUUCGUUAUUACUCCCCGUGCACGGAAAGGGGAAAUUAUACCGGCAAAAUAAUUUGGCACAUAAAAUCGUCAACGAAGCAUGUAAUGAUGUUGGUGAAGUUGAAAGUAAGGAUCCAUGCCGCCCGAUGUGUGCAUGUAUCGAUGGGCGGUUAAUUUGUGCGGAAAUACUUUGUUCGAAAAAAGUGCCGGAUAGUUGUGCAAAGGUUACGCCAGUAACAAGAUGCUGUCCGUCUUAUGUUUGCUAUGAUGAUGAAGGUUCAUCGUUUAUGCGAUAUCCUUUACCGCGCGUGGUCGUUCCGACUGAAUUGCAAAUAUUCCAAGCAAAACAGCACGAUAAAAAAUCUGACAAAAGCGAAAAGCUGCUGUAAACCGCAAACCAUACAAUUUGUGGUAUACACCGAUUUUGCUAGCAUUGGUUAUUUUAUCGUGUAUACAUAGCCUACAUGUACAUAGAUCAUCAUCGGCCAUCAGCUGACGAAUCUUGGCAAUGAUUGCAUUCUUAUGUGAGAAGUAGGUCCACGCACACGGCUGCUACCGCCAAAGUCUAUUGUUUCAUACGAUUAUCAAAUUUGUUUGUGAUUUGCAUCACACGACAAUGCCAUUUAAUUUUAUGCCAAUUUUAUUUAUUGCCGACAAGGAGGCGCCGCCUAUGCAAAUUCGCCAAAGCGAGCGCACGGUGUGCGAUCACGCUCCAGGAGCCUGCACACACUUUCGGCCCUAAUUACAGCAUAGUAUCUGUUGACGUUCUUUCGGUGUGCGUGGUCUAAUAAUUUUUAUUAUAACCCAACUUUUAUUAAAGCAGGGCACAUAGUUAUCUUAACCCUUUGUUUAUAUAAUGCUUUAUUUGCUGAUCCUGCACAUAAAUACUGGUGACAGGUACAAAAUGCGAAGAAUUUGACCUUUCCUGUUAGUAUUAGAUGUGCUGUUAUUCACCCUUUUCUUGCAUAUUCAAAAGCGAAUAUCUGGUCAGAUAGGUGUUUAAACAAACGGCUUUUUAAUUGUACGGUUAAUAUUUUUUCAAUAGGAUAUGUUGUGCCAUAUUUGAAAUUGCUGGAAUUAAAUACCGGUGAAUCGGUUACCUUA